GUUCAAUACUUCCUGUUUGUUGUAGCGAUUGUUUGACCAGUUAGAAAACUUCCAUACGCAUUAAAUUCAAGGCAUUUAAAACAUGUUUAAAGGCAAAAUGGAUACAGAUCAACCCAAAGAAAAUCAUUUAAAUAUUACUAAAAAUCGCAGUUCUACACCAGAGGGGAAUGAGUUGAGACAAGUCCAGGGAAGAACACCAUGCUCCAAGUUCAAGAGAGUGCACUCCAAUUUUAAAUCACCCCUUCAAGUCCCAGGGAGUGCAAAAGUGAGCCCUGAGGAAGAAGUGUCCGAGCUGCAGAGGAGAAGGGAGCAGCUGGACUCUGAGAUAGCUCUGCUGGAGGCUGAAGGGUACAAUGUUGAAGAGUUGGAGUGUCAUAUAGACAAGCUCCAUGAGUACAACAAUAUCAAAGACAUUGGACAGUCGCUUCUUGGUCGCAUAGCUGCUUUGAGGGGAACUACCACUCGGGACCUCUACAGUCACUUUGGACUGGAUUUGGAUGACUGACAAAAGUGGAUUCAUGUUUUGAGUCCAUGAAUAUGUGUAUUAUUUGUAUGUCUUAUAACAUCAGCUAAUGUAGAGUUUAUCUACACUACACAUUAUGUUUACAUUGGCUCAAUGUUAAUUGUUUUUUAUUGCAUGUCCUGUAAAUGUAUGUCUAUGUCAGUGCUGCAUUAGAGCUAAAGGACAGGUCAGUUUGUGUUGCCAAAACAAGUGAAUCAACAGUAUAUGAAACCAUUGUAAAAAUAGUUUUCAGUUUUUGAAUUUCAGUGUUCAUUUCAUUGUUAGUUACACUUCCUGUCUUUACUUUACCAGUGACUUUAACACAAGAGGUCAACAGCCCCUAAGCCAUAGUAUUUUUGGGUGUGCCCUUAUCUGUCCAAGAUUAGGUACUUGACAGCCCUGACACUAUCUGUUGGCCCUUUGAAACUGUCUAUCUGGAGAAUGUAUAAAGAAGAAAAAGCAUGUUCAGUUAGCAAUUUGCUUGCAGGUUAAAGCUCAUCCUGCUUUGCUUAUCUUUGCAUUAGCCAUAAUUUCUAACCCUUAUCUCUUACACUUCGCAGACAGAGGUCAAUGGAGUAUUAAGAAGACCAUAUAUGUAUGUCAAGUGCUGAUCUAAGCUGUUGCUUUCUAUAACAUCUGCAUAGUGUUGACAAAAUCCAACCAACCUUGUGUUUUUUUGAAGUCCUAUGACUUCAUUAGAUGCUGGAACAUAACCUUUUUUAACCCAGG